AUGCCACAGUCACUACUUAAAGCAUGCAAGCAAAAGGUUCAUCCGAAACCUAGCGACCGACGAGAAAUGGUACAAAUAGCUUGUGAUGACAUAAGAAAGCAUUCAACCUUGCCUGGUAGAAAAAACUUGUCCAAAAUUGCAAGCACAAUUGUGGCCAAACACAAAGAAUCGUUUUGUGACGUUGUUGCAGAUAAAGUUAUUGGAAGUGGGUACGAGUCUCUUUGUAAGCAAAUGGAAGAACGGUUGUUUAAUUUAAAUAGAAAAGGAAUGAAAACAAGUUCCUUUGGUGAAAAAUUAAAUGAAGUUGAUGGAACCUCUGAGCCACCUGCCAAGAAAACGAGGAAACCUGUCAAGGAUUUGUAUGGUUGCAUUAAUUGGCAACCUGAUUCAUAUCCUGAGAAUGAAAAUAAAGAGACACAAAAGGAGAUACAGGAGUGA